GUAAUACAAAAGUGAGAGUACAAUCUUACAUUGGAGAGACUGGGGGUAGCAAAAGAAGAAAACAAAAGGCAAAAGGCACUAUUCAAUCUUCAGCAUUUGAACAUCUUCUGGACUCAUUUAAUGUGUAUUCAAAAAGAAAAAGUGGAAAAGAAAAGAAGAAUAUUGAAAGCUAAGCAGCAAUGUUCUCUCUCUCACUUUACAAAUUUCUCUUCUGCGUAGCUCUGUGAAGGAAUGGCCAAACCCCUGCUCUCAUACCAAGCUUGGAAAGGAAAAAAUAGAUUCCUUCUCAAGGGGAGGCUGAUAUUUGGACCAGAUGCCAAGGCAUUGAUUGUAACAUCCAUGCUCAUCGUUGUCCCAGCUGCUAUCUUUUGUAUUUUUGUUGCAAGGAAAUUUCUGCACCAACAUGUAGAAAGCAGUGCAGGAUAUGUGAUUAUGACAGUGACGGUCAUUCUCACAUCUUAUGUCUUGGUGCUUCUGAUUUUAACUGCAGCGCAAGAUCCAGGCAUUGUUCCACGCAAUUCUUGUCCCCCGGAUGAAAUAUUAAGCUAUGAAUCAUCAACCACUGUUGAAGCUGGUGGAAAACCAUUGCCCCGAACCAAAGAAGUAAUUGUCAAUGGUUUAACUGUGAAAGUUAAAUACUGUGAGACAUGUAUGUUGUUUCGUCCCCCACGCUGCUCUCAUUGCUCUGUGUGUGAUAAUUGUGUGGAGCGGUUUGAUCAUCAUUGCCCUUGGGUGGGCCAAUGUAUUGGGAAGCGCAAUUAUAGGUGCUUCUUCCUCUUUGUUUCUUCAGCAGCCCUGCUAUGUGCUUUCGUGUUUUCCAUGUCAGUCUUGCAUAUCAAAUUUCUUGUGGAUAUACAUGAGAAUGUGUGGAGAGCCAUCAUAGAAUCACCAGCAUCUCUGGCAUUGAUGAUCUAUUGCUUUUUAUCACUUUGGUUUGUUGGAGGUCUCACUUGCUUCCAUUUGUACCUGAUUAGCAAAAAUCAGACCACAUACGAGAACUUCAGGAAUAGAAGGGACAACAGCAUGAUCAAUGUUUAUAACUUGGGCUGCAAAAACAAUUGCAUUGAAGUGUUUUGCACAAGGGUUGAAGCCUCAAAAAUUAAUUUUCAAGGACAUGUAAACGAACAAGGAACAACAGAAGUGAAACCCCUCCCUCAAAUGGGGGGUGGUUGUAGUAUCAAUGAAGGGGUGGUAGAUACUCGUCCCCGAGUGAAGGUAGAAGAUGAUGAUGACAUUGGGGAUGAUCUUCUAAAAUUAUCCCAAAGGCGCAACUCAGAAGAUAUAGCCAAUGUUUUUAGAAGUGAUGCAAAAAUACUUGAUGAGUGUCCUGAUGCUGACUCUGCAAUGGCUCACUUGGCCUCUAGACCACCUUACAACCAUUUCUAGUUUUGACUGAGGAAACUGUGUUGAAAGAGCAUAUAGUUCUGAUUCAGUGAUUCUUCCAUCUUAAUCUUUUGUUAUCUCAUCAUUUUCAACAUGUGAAAUGUAUUCCAAUUCUUCCCCCUCUAUAAUAUUCCACUUCUUGGGGGCACAACAAAAUCAAUUGCACACGUUUUCUCUAUAUUUGAAUGUUUUCAUAUGUUCACCAAACAACUACCCCCUCUGUCCCUAAAAAUGCUUCCCGGUUUGACUUGGCACACUUAUUAAGAAAGUGGAAUAAAGUGG